GCGCCAUUCACUAAAUUCUUCCAAAAAUUAUAUGUAGCAGCAAUCCAAAGACGCAAUGGCCGCUGCUCGUACAAGUAAUCGCGUUCCACAGAAGCAGCAGAAACCGAAAGAAAAUCCAAAGUCGCUAAAGAGGAAAAGAGACCAAGAAGACCUUGUAAAAUUACAAAAUGCUGUCAACGAAUUUGAUCCGAAGCCAGAAGACAAUACCAAAUUCUCCACGUUGCCUAUCUCCAAACCGACUGCCUCCGGCCUCGAAGCGUCGCAUUUCCAAAACCUAACCGAUGUCCAAGCUCGAGCUAUCCCUCUCGGGUUGAAAGGUCGUGACAUUCUAGGUGCGGCCAAGACUGGCUCCGGAAAGACCCUCGCUUUCCUCGUCCCAGUCCUCGAGAAGCUCUACCGCGCGCAAUGGACCGAGUACGAUGGACUGGGGGCCUUGAUCAUCUCCCCCACGCGCGAGCUCGCAGUGCAAAUAUUCGAGGUCCUGCGCAAGAUUGGGAGACACCAUACCUUCUCCGCUGGCCUAGUAAUCGGCGGGAAGAGUUUGCGCGAAGAGGCUGAGCGGCUGGCGAGAAUGAAUAUCCUUGUCUGUACUCCGGGCCGGUUGCUACAACAUCUCGACCAGACAGCCGGGUUCGAGGUGGAUAAUCUGCAGAUCCUAGUCCUAGAUGAGGCCGAUCGAAUUAUGGAUAUGGGAUUCCAAUCGGCCGUUGAUGCGCUCGUAGAACACUUGCCCAAGUCGCGGCAAACGAUGCUGUUCAGCGCUACACAAAGCAAAAAAGUCUCAGAUUUGGCUAGGUUAAGCCUGAAAGAUCCCGAAUAUGUAGCUGUCCACGAAGCUGCAGCUGCCGCGACUCCAACGACGCUUACACAGCAUUACCUCGUUACGUCGCUACCCGACAAGAUGGAUACUCUAUACGGAUUUAUCAAGGCUAAUAUCAAGAGCAAGUUGAUCGUAUUCUUAUCAUCAGGAAAACAAGUGCGCUUUGUGUACGAGAGCUUCCGCCACUUACAACCCGGUAUUCCCUUACUACAUCUCCAUGGCCGACAGAAACAGACAGCACGCAUGGAGAUUACGUCAAGAUUUGCGGCAUCUAAAAAUGCUUGUCUCUUUGCGACUGAUGUUGUCGCUCGUGGUGUCGAUUUUCCUGCGGUGGACUGGGUAGUCCAGAUGGACUGUCCCGAAGAUACUGAUACUUACAUUCACCGAGUCGGAAGAACAGCACGUUAUGAGAGAGAUGGAAAGGCUGUACUCUUCCUAGAUCCGAGCGAGGAGGAAGGGAUGCUCAAGCGAUUAGAGCAGCGAAAAGUACCCAUACACAAAGUCAAUGUGCGGGAAAAGAAGAAGCAGAGUGUGAAGAACAUGAUCCAAGACAUGUGUUUCAAGAAUCCGGACCUCAAAUACCUCGGCCAAAAGGCCUUCAUCAGCUACACCCGCUCCAUCCACUUACAAAAAGAUAAAGAAAUCUUCAACCUCAAAAAGUUAGACCUGGACGCAUAUGCUGCUAGCUUGGGUCUCCCAGGUGCACCACAGAUUAGAUUCCAGAAGGGUGAAGAUAUCAAGAAAAUAAAGAAUGCGCCGCGCGCAGGGCAGUCUAGUGAUUCAGAAUCAGACUUUGACGAGAAUGGGAAGAGGCGAAAGAAGAAGGAUGAAGUCAGGACGAAGUACGAUCGCAUGUUUGAACGGACGAACCAGGACGUUUUGACGAAUCAUUACACGAAAAUGAUUGGCGAAGGGGAAGAAGCUGCAGGUAGCGAAGACGAUGAUGAUCAAGACUUCCUUUCGGUAAAGAGGGUACUCAAAGGCGAUGACUUUGAUGAUGCUCAAAAGAACAGCGAGUUGGCCCCUGGAACCAAGAUUAUAACCGGGCUGGGCGGCGAAGAACCAUUUGUGGUGGAUUCGAAACGCAGGGAGAAGCUACUAAAGUCCAAGAAAAAGAUGCUGAAAUUCAAAGGCAAGGGAGACAAGAUAGUGUUUGAUGAUGAUGGAACAGCGCAUCAUCCGUACAGGAUCAAGGACGAAGACGACUUUAUGCAAGACGGAUCUGCAGAAGCUCAGCGGCUCAAGUUUGUCGAAAGUGAAGCAGCCAAGGUCAAGGAGGUCGAUCUCGACGACAAGCAACUCGCUAAAGACAGGCGAAGGGAGAAGAAGGAGAAGCGAAAGGCCCGAGAAGCGAUGGAGAAUGAGGAGGCAGUGGGUGGUGUGCCCAGCUUGCCAGCACCGGCUGAUGGGGAAGAUCCCCUCGCCUUCCUUGCGUCUUUACCUAUGGCAGGGAAGGAUAGGGAUAGUGGGAGCGAGGCCGAAGAAGAGAGGCGACCUACGAAGAAGGCGAAGAAGUGGUUCCAGGACGAUUCAGAAGACGAGAGACAAAAGGCCAAGAGUAAGAAGGGCAAAGGCAAGGUUAUUGAAGUCAGUGAGGCACCAGAUACCCUAGAGGAUUACGAAGCGCUUGCUACGGGUUUGCUUGAUGAUUAGAGGGUGGUUGGUUGUUGUUGUUGUCGGUGUUGCAAUUGGUAACACAGUAGGAUACCCUAGGUACCUAGGUAUACUUGUGCAUAUAAAAAGAUGAAGUUGUAUACUAC